CCCAGGGAGGGGGAGGAGGAGUGGGAGGACGGGCAGUUUUGAAAGACCAGAGGCUUCCGAAUCCAGGAAGGGAGGAGGCGGGUCUGAGGCGGGUCCGUGGUUUGAGGGCCUUCAGGAUGGUGGAUGAUUGGCUAGCCGAAUCUCCUACUUCCUCAGGUGAUUGGCUGCCCGUUGUUAAGGUCCCUUGGGUCCCCUAGGGGAUUGGCUGCCCGUUGCUAGGGCCCCGACUUCCAGAAGUGAUUGGCUCGUUAUCCUUCGCUUGGUUCCCAGUUGGGGGCGGGGCGGGGGGUUGUUUCCUGGUCCUAACCCAGCGGCUAGGGAGCCUGCGCUUCUCUUUGGCGCUUUGGGAUCGCCAUCCGGCCCCAUCCGCCCUGGCCUCUGGGGCGGUCUGACUUUGGAGUCGCCCACGAGGAGGAGAAGGGAAGCCGGGAGGUCCAGAAGGAGAAGGAGGCCUCAGCCCUGCAUCCUGUGGUUUUCGAGGACAGCCCCCCUUCCUGACGGGUGUUGGAGAUCAGGAAAUCCCUGGAAAUGGAUAAAUUUGUCAUUCGAAAACCUCUGCCUCCCAGCAGCCCUCAGAAGAAAGGUUCUGCAGAAAAGGUUUACAAACAGGCCACUCUGGAGUCUCUGAAGAGAGUGGUGGUGCUUGAAGACAUCAGAAGGUGGAAGGGGGUGUUGGAGCUUCCCGGGCAGCCCCAAGAAAACCUAAUGGAAGCCUUACGCGAGUUAAAGAAGAAGCUGCCCUCCAAGGACGUGCUGAAGUCCACCAAGAUAGGUCACACUGUGAACAAGAUGCGCAAACAUUCAGAUGGCGAGGUGGCCAGGCUUGCCCACGAAGUUUACACCGAGUGGAAGACGUUCAUCGAGAAGCAUUCGGACAAGCCCUCCAUCGAAGUCCGCAGCGACCCCCAAACUGAGGCGUUCAGGAAAAAUGCCCAGAAGUUACUGUCGGAGGCUUUGGAACUGGAGAUGGAUCACCCACUGGUUGAAAAUAUUGAGCGUGAAGCUUUUCAUCUCUGCUCCCGUCUCAUUAAUGGCCCGUAUCGGCGGACAGUGAGAGCCCUGGUCUUUACAUUAAAGCACCGAGCUGAAAUCCGCGCUCAGGUCAAGAGCUGCUCGCUCCCGGUCAACACGCUGGUGCAGACUUACAAAAAAUGACCUUCGUAGUCGUCCGGCCCCGGGGAGCGGCCCCGGGCCCACCGAACACUGGCCGCCUUCCCCUUUUCAAAGGCCUCUUUGAAUUUGGGUGAGGGGGAGACCCAGCCGCCAUCAGCCUUCUCCAAGUGUCGUUCCAUUCAGAAGGAGGGCACGGGGAACAACAGGGGAUGGGCCCCAGCAUCAUUAUCCAUAACAAGUGCCACUGUCUAAAAGCAUCAAUGGUGCGCCGGGGCCCUCGAAGCGCCAUGUUUGUGAUCACAAAAGUAGGCCAGGAGGCUGAUGGGCUUAUUGUGGGCUUGCCAAGGAGGCCUCUCAACUCCUUUCUGCCAUUGGGCCGAUAGUGCCUCUCCCUCGGCCCGCCACCCCGCAGGUAACUGAAACUCAAUUACUGCCAGGGCUUGGUGACGGCCCCCAGCGUUUAGAUAGCCCUGGCGUGCUCAGAACUCGCCCAUCUGAAUCCCCUUCACUGUACCCCGGGGAUGAGCCCCCCUCUCCCCUGACGCACUUAUCUGAAUGUCUCAGCUCUCCCUCGAAGAGGCCCCCAUGCUGGGCCCUCUAAUGAACGUGUGGCCGUAAGCGGCCAAACCUCAUGCUUUAUUUGAAUGCCCGGCUAUUAGACUUCAGAGAUGUUGAGGAGACGGAUAAUGAAAUUUCUCUUUAAACAAGUUGGUUGAGAAAAAAUCUAUUUCAGCAAAUGAUGACUGGACUACAGGGCUCCUCGAGUGAUUAUGUAAAUGCAAUUUGCCUUUUUGAGGAGUAUAACAAUAAACCAGGUGUUUAAAAACACACAAACAUUGACUUGUUUCUUGGA